CUGGGGUUCAUACAUUGGAACCAUAUAGUUUACCGAGAUUCUCUAGCCAGUAUCGGUACUUUGCAAGCAAGCGUCAAGACCAUGGCCCUCGAAGACGUCUCUGAUUCACAGUCAUCCCCACACGACUCUUUGCUGGAUGGUUCAGUACCCGAAUCAAAAGCCAAAUCCCGUGUCCACAACACGACAACCUGGAAACUAUAUGCGGUCGUAUUCUGCGUCAAUCUUGGCUUCCAGAUUCUGAUUCCUGCUCAAACCCAAAUCUACGAGAACAUCUACUGCGCACAAUGGUAUCAACGGCAUCCCGUUCCCGAUCUGCCACUCAACGGUCCUAUGCCGGAGUCAUAUUGCAAGAUCGGUCCAGUGCAAACCCAAGUCUCCUCACUGAAGGGGUGGCUCGAAGUCUUCAUGGCCGUACCUGGCCUGCUGUUGAGCAUCCCGAUUGGCAUGCUCGCGGACAGCAUCGGACGACGCCUGAUUUUCACCGUCAAUGCUUUGUCCAUAGCAUUGAUGCAAGUCUGGAUCACGUUCGUCACCUGGUUUGGGGGAGGCAUUCCCCUUCGCACCGUCUGGCUGGCUGGUGGCUUUGGGCUUUUGACCGGCGGGACAAUGGUCACCGAGAUGCUUUUCGUGUGCAUGAUGACGGAUAUAAGUCCUGAAGGACAACUGGCGAAUUCGUUCUUUCGUGCGACGUCCUUUGCCUAUCUCGGCAGAGUCCUCGGACCUCUGAUCGCCGGGGCUCUUAUGCGACUGGACCCUUGGUAUGCUGUCUAUCUGGGUCUCGCGUGCCUGGCAUUUACCUUCGCCACCAUCGUCACAAUACCAGAGACCCUCCAGUCGACAGCGCGCAGCCAAGGUACUGGAGAGACAACGACAUUGGAGCACGACGAAGGGCCGACAAAAGGACGAAAGUUCUCAUUUGCAGCAUCUCGCAAAUCAAUGCGACAAGUCCUGAAGAUAUGGAGUGAUUGGCGACUGAUCUUUGUGGCAUUGACAUUACCGUUCAAGAUAGUGUACUUUGCCUUGAAUGACCUGGUCCAGAGGUAUGUGUCCGACCGAUACGGAUGGACUUUAGCGAACGCUACACUGCUUUACGCUGUGCAAGCGGCAACGACGACGCUGAUGCUCUUGACAUUCCUUCCUUUGGUCUCCAACCACAUCGACGAGCGCUUCUCCUUGAGUGUCCUUCAGAAAAACGUCGUCAUGACUAGAGCGUCACUGUUUGUGCUCGCUGUAGCAUACAUUGUCAUUGGGUUGGCGCCGAACACCGCUAUCAUGGUCAUCGGCAUGCUCAUCGAGACGCUUUCGACCGGAUUACCUUCGACGAUGCGAGCUCUUGCGGCUGCUCUCGUGAGCACUGAGGAUAAGGGUCGCGUGUUUUCUGUUUUGGCUGUCGCCGAGACACUGAGUACUAUGAUAGCUUAUCCUGUCACGGCUGCGUUGUUCAAUAUCGGCCUGGAAAACGGCGGAGGAGCAUGGCUGGGCUUGCCGUAUGAUUUUGUCGCCGUGGCCGCUGCUUGUGCUUGUCUCCUGAUGUGCCUGCUUAGAUUCGAGAGACCUCUGAGGAUAGAAUAACUCCAUAC